GCGCACGGUCAGCGCAAACAUCUGUCUCGUCGACGUGAGUGAGAAUAAAAGUCGAGUGUUACACGGACAAUCGAGUUGUCAUCCCGAGAGAGUACCGAGAGGUAUCGCGCGAAUGUUGAAUGUUGAAUGGGUGAAUUGAUGGGGGAAGAUGGUUGUGAUAUCAUCGAAUAAAUCGAGACGUUCCCUUUGAGGAAGGGUUUAAGUUCUAACGUGGAAUUCUUGUAAGUGUAAGGAUCGAAUGUCACGGAGUAUCGAGUAGUAGCGGCUUUGGAGGGAAGAGUAUGAGUCAGCUGUAGUACCAUCGAGGAGGCCGUUCACCAAUGCCUCGCCUUGAACAGACGAAGAAGAAGAAGAAGUGAUCGGCAUAGGCGGACGCGUCGAGGAAGACCGGCGUGAUUAUGCGGGAUACGCCUCGAUGAUGAUAUCCGUCCGACGGUGUUGUACCUACAUGUUCCUGCCUGUGAUUGCGCAACAACGGAGGAAACAAUGAGAGCAUCGUCGUAAGUCAAAGGAGGCCCCCGCUGUCGAUCGUGACGUGGCGGCCUUCGGGCGAUCGGAUCGGCCGCGGCUGAUCUCGUGCUCUCUCUCACGGGACCGAAAAUGACAAUAAGUCGUCUGGCGACGGUGAUGAAACGUUUUGGACACGGCGUCCACUCGUCGUCAUCGCGAGGAUGACGAAAACGUGGACGGUAUGCGGCUUCACGGGGCUCCUCGUCCUCGUACCCGUUACCGUCUGCGCGACGAUCAGCUACGCCAGCAACAGCAACCACGGGGAUCCGUCGCGAUGCAACGAUCGCAGUAAUAGCAAUCGCAGUAACAAAACCUUCUCGCUGUGCCACUACGACGUCGACUGCAUCGCGAACGCGUAUUGCCAGAACCAGCGGACCUGCUCGUGCAAGGAAAAUUACAUCGCGUUCAUCACGGACAACAACAACUACAAGUGUCUAAGAGUGGCCACCGCCAUCGGCGAUCCCUGCGAGGAAGAUAUCCAGUGUGAGUUCACAUUUACAUCACAAUCGGAAUGUCGAGAAGGCACUUGUCAAUGCGCCCACGAUUCUCACUUCACGGACGGGAGGUGUUACGAAUCCGUUGGUUUGGGCAAACGUUGCCGUUCGCAUCGCAAUUGCUACAUCGAAAAUACCUUCUGUGAUUACGGUUUCUGCACGUGUGGUCUGCGUCAUCACGCGAAUCCCGAUAAUACCGGUUGUGUGCUGAGCGCCAAGUUGGGCGAACAUUGCGACAGCGACGACGAGUGCAUCGUGGAGAACUCGAAGUGCAUGCAGAACAAAUGUGACUGCAAAGUGGACUACGUGUUAGCCGAGAGCGGUCAGCGGUGUCGGAAAGCUGCUUCGUGGAUCGGCGAGAAGUGCGAGCAGCAGUCGCAAUGUCAAUUGUUCUUGAAGCACAGCCAGUGUGGCGCGAACAAUACGUGCGACUGCGUCGCCGGUUCUCACAAACGUGGCCGUAGAUGCUUUGUUGAUGUCGAACUGGGCGGCCACUGUGAGACUCACCAUCAUUGCAUUACUCCAAGUUACAAGGACUCCAAUUCAAACUGGAAAUCGAAGGUGGACUGCGUAAAUGGCUUCUGCACCUGUACCGAAGGUUAUACGUUGAUGGAAGAACUACAAGAUUGCAUUCAGUUCAGUGAUAAUGGUGCAACGAGAUGGCAAGCGUAUGGAAUACUUCUUAUCGUUCUUAUCGCAGAAUUUCUUGUGUUCUAAAGAAGUAACAAUUUGUGUUCGAGAUAUUUUCCAGAGUCUAUAGUUCCACCGAUUUAUUAAUAUCGAAUAUUUAAAUAUUGGUCAGUUUUAGUUUUAAUAAUUUAUCUAGCUUAAAUAUGCGUGUGUAUAAUCAUAUUUAUUUAAAUUGCGCUUGACUAAUUUAAUUAUAAUUAAUAGUGUAAAUUUGUUACUUUUAAAUUAGCAACUAUAAGCAGCCAAAGAAAAACAGCGCUUCUUCCAACGUUAAUGAAGUAGCAGAUCUGUUAAAUCAUUAACGACGAUAAUGACAUCGUUUUAUUCCUGAC